UGGGAGCGGGAUUGUUUCGCGCAGGAAGCAGGCUCCAUUUUAGCGCCGCCCGCCGUCGCCAUCUGUUUCCCUUCCCUCCCCCUUACCCCCUCCCGUCCCCAAACCCCAACGAGAAGGCUGGGCCUGGGGCGCUAGAGGUUGGAGUGAAAGGAGAAAAGGGAGAAAGGGAAGAAGCGGGAAGAAAAAGGGUGAGUCGAAAACGGUGAGCGGUAGAGGCCAAGGUGCGAAGCGCGCAGCCCAGCGGCCGGACUGACGGACGUGGCCGUGCUACGGCUGCCGCGGCUGCGGCGCCCGCGCGAGUCGCGUCGAAGCGGCGGCGGCGGCAGCAGCAGCAGCAGCAGCAGCACCAGCGGAAACAGGAGGGGAGCAAUGGCGGCCGACAGCCGGGAGGAGAAAGAUGGAGAACUAAAUGUACUAGAUGAUAUUUUGACUGAAGUACCAGAACAGGAUGAUGAACUGUAUAAUCCAGAGAGUGAACAAGAUAAAAACGAGAAAAAGGGAUCAAAAAGAAAAAGCGACCGAAUGGAAUCUACUGACAUCAAGCGACAAAAGCCUUCUGUUCAUUCAAGACAGUUGAUUUCUAAGCCACUGAGCUCAUCUGUUAGCAAUAACAAAAGAAUAGUUAGUACUAAAGGAAAGUCAGUUGCAGAGUAUAAAAAUGAGGAAUAUCAAAGAUCUGAAAGAAGCAAGCGUCUAGAAGUUGAUCGGAAGAUUCGUUUGUCAAGCAGUGCUUCUAGAGAACCUUAUAAGAGUCAACCUGAAAAAACUUGUCUCCGGAAAAGGGACCCUGAUAGGAGGACCAAAUCCCCUACGCCAGAUGGUUCUGAGAGAAUUGGGCUUGAAGUGGAUAGACGUGCAAGCAGAUCCAGCCAGUCUUCUAAGGAAGAAGUGAACUCUGAAGAAUAUGGCUCUGACCAUGAGACUGGCAGCAGUGGUUCUUCCGAUGAGCAAGGCAACAAUACUGAGAAUGAGGAGGAAGGGGUGGAAGAUGUGGAGGAAGAUGAAGAGGUAGAAGAAGAUGCAGAGGAAGAUGAAGAAGUGGAUGAAGAUGGAGAAGAGGAGGAGGAGGAAGAGGAAGAGGAGGAAGAGGAGGAGGAGGAAGAGGAGGAGGAGGAGGAGGAAGAAUAUGAACAGGAUGAGAGAGACCAGAAGGAAGAGGGAAAUGAUUAUGAUACUCGAAGUGAAGCUAGCGACUCUGAUUCUGAAUCCGUUUCUUUCACAGAUGGAUCUGUCAGAUCCGGUUCAGGCACAGAUGGAUCAGAUGAGAAAAAGAAGGAAAGGAAGAGAGCUAGAGGCAUCUCUCCAAUUGUUUUUGAUAGAAGUGGAAGCUCUGCAUCAGAGUCAUAUGCAGGUUCAGAAAAGAAGCAUGAGAAAUUAUCAUCUUCCGUUCGUGCUGUCCGAAAAGAUCAAACCAGUAAACUCAAAUAUGUCCUACAGGAUGCAAGAUUUUUUCUCAUAAAGAGUAACAACCAUGAGAAUGUGUCUCUUGCCAAAGCUAAGGGUGUUUGGUCCACGCUGCCUGUAAAUGAGAAGAAAUUAAAUGCUGCAUUCAGAUCUGCAAGGAGUGUUAUAUUAAUAUUUUCUGUCAGAGAGAGUGGAAAAUUUCAAGGAUUUGCAAGACUUUCUUCAGAAUCACAUCAUGGAGGAUCUCCUAUACAUUGGGUGCUGCCGGCAGGAAUGAAUGCUAAAAUGUUGGGAGGAGUUUUUAAAAUUGACUGGAUUUGCAGGCGUGAAUUACCCUUCACUAAGUCAGCUCAUCUCACCAAUCCUUGGAAUGAACAUAAACCAGUAAAGAUUGGACGUGAUGGACAGGAAAUUGAACUUGAAUGUGGAACCCAGCUUUGUCUUCUAUUUCCCCCCGAUGAAAGUAUUGACUUGUAUCAGGUCAUUCAUAAAAUGCGUCACAAGAGAAGAAUGCAUUCUCAGCCCCGAUCAAGAGGACGUCCAUCCCGUCGAGAACCAGUCCGGGAUGUGGGAAGGCGUCGACCAGAAGAUUAUGAUAUUCAUAACAGCAGAAAGAAACCAAGGAUUGACUAUGCCCCUGAGUUUCACCAGAGACCAGGGUAUUUAAAGGAUCCACGAUACCAGGAAGUAGACAGUUUCACAAAUCUUAUUCCCAACAGACGAUUUUCAGGAGUUCGCCGAGAUGUGUUUUUAAAUGGGUCCUACAAUGAUUAUGUGAGGGAAUUUCAUAACAUGGGACCACCACCACCUUGGCAAGGAAUGGCUCCUUAUCCUGGAAUGGAACAACCUCCACACCAUCCUUACUAUCAACACCAUGCUCCACCUCCUCAAGCUCAUCCCCCUUACUCAGGACAUCACCCAGUACCACAUGAAGCAAGAUACAGAGAUAAGCGAGUACAUGAUUAUGACAUGCGGGUGGAUGAUUUCCUUCGUCGCACACAAGCUGUUGUCAGUGGUCGGAGAAGUAGACCCCGUGAAAGAGAUCGGGAGCGAGAGCGAGACCGCCCUAGAGAUAACAGAAGAGACAGAGAACGAGAUAGAGGGCGUGAUAGAGAAAGAGAAAGAGAGCGAUUAUGUGACCGGGACAGAGACCGAGGGGAGAGAGGUCGAUAUAGAAGAUAAUGCGCUUUUGGAAGCACUGAUUGUUCAAAGAUAAAAAAAUCUUGUAUUUUUUUUGUGUGUGUGUGUGUGUUUACAAGUAGUAAAUUUAUUUUCAGCGGUCUACUUAAAGUUCAUUGUGUAGAAGGGUUAAUUAAAUCCCUCUUUGUUCCAAGCAUGCGGUAUAAUAAGAACUGGAAAAACUCAAAUCCUCCAAAAAUGCACAGUUGACAGUUUGAGUUGACACUUUUAUUGGAGCAGAAUGGAACAGUCCAAGAAUGUAGAUAUUGAUUCAUUCUCCAUAAAUGUUCAUCUACUUAAUAGUGUGUUCAUCCUCGAGUUAUUUUUUGUUUUCUUUUUUUUUUUGGAUCUUGAUUGAUGACUGCCAUGAUAUUUUGCUUUGAUGUGUUUCUAAACGUAGUUGCACACGGUUCAGUAAAAAUAAUGCUGCUAUCAAGUAUGCAAAUAUUGAAGUAUGAUGGUUUGACAGUAUGGCAGUGUUGUAGCAGCCUCUUUGUUUCUCCCUUUCCCUCUUUUUUUAAUCUUAAAAAGUCACUUUUUAUUUUUCUUCAGUCUUCAAUGAUGAGAGCAAUAUUAAGAAGACAUUGCUAUCUAAUUUUUAAUCUUUUUAAAUAAAAAAUUCCUAUGUUCAGUAGCAUGGUUGAUGCUGUCAUUUAGCCUUCCCCUCCAAACUGUAUACAUUGGCUUGGAAUGUUCACAACUUGCGUGUGUGGCAGCGGAAGAUAAUUCCCAUAUUCUACAUUGCUACUGUUUUGUAUAAAAUAAAUUGGUAAAGAUUGAC